ACACGACAGACAGUCGAUCUAACAACGUGGCUUAGUGUUCGGGAUUAUAUAUACAACCAUUCUCUAUGUGGAUUUUACAGUAGCAACAUGCUUUCACGAAAGUUAGGAAUGUUUUCCUACAACCAUAAUACGAACAUGGAAAAGGAAAAGCAAGUGAAGGACAAAGAUGCGUUUCAGAGGAUGUACACAGUUGGUCAGCUUUUAGGAAGUGGAGGAUUUGGUACAGUUUACAGUGGAACACGCAAAAGGGAUAAUUUUCCUGUGGCCAUCAAAGUCAUUACUAGAGAGAAAGUUACAGAAUGGGGACAGUUAAAUGGACAUACUGUACCAAUGGAAAUAUGUUUAUUAAAACGUGUGAAUAAUUGUGCUGGAGUUAUUAAAAUGUUGGACUGGUUCGAAAUGAAAACAAACUUCGUCAUUGUGAUGGAAAGGCCAGAACAUGUACAAGACUUGUUCGAUUACAUAACGGAAAAAGGUGCUUUGGAUGAGGAAACCAGUAAAAAUUUCUUCAGACAGAUUGUGGACACGCUAAUCAACAUUCACAGAAACGGAGUUGUACAUCGGGACAUUAAGGAUGAAAACAUUCUAGUAGACUUAAAAACUGGUGAACUGAAGUUGAUAGACUUUGGAUCGGGUGCUUUCCUUAAAGACACAGUGUAUAUCGCAUUCGAUGGUACACGAGUAUACAGUCCUCCAGAAUGGAUAAAGUUUCACAGGUACCAUGGGCGAUCUGCAGCUGUUUGGUCCCUUGGAAUCCUGUUGUUUGAUCUGGUCUGUGGAGAUAUUCCUUUUGAGCAAGAUGAACAGAUAAUGAAGGCUGAAGUUUCAUUCAGAGGACGAGUGUCUCAUGAAGUGAAAGAUUUGGUGAAAAAAUGCUUAGCAAUUCGUCCAUCAGACAGACCAACAUUGGAGGAGAUUCUUGCACAUCCAUGGCUAGCUUCAACGGUUCAGCCAACAGUUGACAAGAGAUCGCCCAACCACACAGGCAGUCAAGGAAUUGUGGACGCUGUAUCCAUGAGUAGCCAGGAAAGCAUGUGAUGACAGCGUUUCAGUAGGAACUUGAUUGUAAUAAACGUGUUCAUAUUUAUAAAUUAUUAACUAUGGAAAAAAAACUGCAACACAGCAAUGCAAUAUUAACUGUGAAACCAUUCCACAUCUCAGGGAGCUGCAAUGAUACUACAGACACAUUGAAUCAUAUGUGGAUUUAAAAGACUUCAUACAAAUAUUUGAAAGUGGAUCAACCCCCCUCUCCACGUACCCACAAGCUCAUUCAAGUGAAGGAAAGAGAAAGGGAAUGUGAACAUUUGCCAAAGACCACUCUAAAAUACUAGUUGUGAUGACACCAUAUUUGUUGACUUUCCAAGGAUGGCAAAUAUGGAAUUUAUUUAUUGUGAUAGUGUGAAAGAAGAGACAAGAAAAACGCUCAAUUUUUUUUUUUUUUUUUUAAUUGCAUAUAUAUUGUGAGUCGUCUUCAGCCAUGAAUUCGAACACAAUAAUCACUGCCACUUCAAUGCAAAAAGUUGAAUUUUUUCUUCAUUUCAUUUACUUUCUAUUUAUUAAGCUACAAUGCUAGCCAUAUCAUAACUUAAUUCAUAUGUAGGACUAGAUUAGUUAUAUUUGGUGUACUUUGAAAUAACGGUGCUGAUAAGAUUUGGUAAUUGCCAUUUUUUAUUGUCUUUUUUUUUUAUAUACACAUGUAUUUAUUUUGUGGUUUUUACGAUAAUUCCUGAAACAACGAAAUGACUAAUACAGGUCAUAAUUAGAUCUUUUCCUGUAUUUCCAACUGUAUAAAUUAAUUCACCACUUUAGAAUACUAAUUCCUAGACUUCUUCCUACCUAUCAACACCUCGAAACGUGGCACCCUUACAGUUCAUAAGGGGCUUAAAGGUUGUACUAGCACAAAAAUAUAGCAUUUCUACUAAAAUCACUGAAACUUUCUAAUUGACAAGUCGACAAUAUUUUUUGCUUCUUUUAUCAUUUUAGAAGUUUAAAAAGCAAAAUUAUUAGUAAUGGUUUUCUUUGUAAUGUGAAAUUUUAUUUAAAAUCUUUUAAGAAAAGGUUUGAAUAUACAUGUAGAUAUUUAUGUAUGGCUCUUUUCUUUCCCCAUAAAAGCUCAUUUCCUUAUUACAAUUCAUCUAUAUACCAUUUGUACAUAAGUAAUCUCAUUUAUUUAUUAAGCAUGGUGUGAUGUGUGAAAUCAUUUGUGUAUACUUGUACAAACGAAUAAACAGCGCAUACUAAAAUGGGUGCUUUGAGUGGACGUUUCAGCAUAGAUGGAAAACAUUGACUGAAAAGAAGAGAACAUGUUCUUUGUGUGAAAAUGCUUAAAAGACCUGAUUGAAAUAAAUGUGUAAAAAUGAGAGAAACUAUCUUGCAGUGAGAGAAAUGGGAGAUAGAAUGUAUAAGGGUGAAGUUGAGGUGUGUUGCCAAGUCCAUAUUUAUGUAUAUAUGGAAGUAAAUGGGAGAGUUUGAAUAAUGCUUUGUGUAUUUAUUUAUUUAUUCAGGAGAAAAGCACAUUUCUCCUUUGAGUGUUUGUAAGGCUGUGUGUGUGGGCGAGUAAGCUUGUAAAUAACUUAUUUUUAUAUGAAACAAAAAAGAAGAAAAAUCCCAGAAUAAAAUAUAUAAAAUUUA